UUUAGUAUUUAGACAUAUAUCUAGUAUUUUUGGUAUUAUCGUAGAUAUUUUAUGCUGCCACACUGUUAAGUAAAGACACGUAAAUCAACAAUUGGAAGUGAAAGACUGUUUUGCAAAAUCAAAGACAAUUUAUAUUUAUAUUAAGGAACAUGGAUGCUGGGACAUGGUACAGAUCGUUACCACGCUUCACACGGUACUGGCUAACGGCCACCGUUGGCUUGAGCCUGCUCUGCAGAUUCGGUCUUCUGCCAAUGGAAUAUAUGUAUCUAUCCCGUGAUCUGGUGCUAACCCGGUUUCAGCUGUGGCGGUGCAUCACUUCCCUGUUCGUGUUUCCGUUGAGUGGAGCGACAGGCUUCCAUUUUCUGAUCAACUGCUACUUCAUAACGCAGUACAGCAAGAAUCUGGAGAAGGAUCAAUAUGCGAGAAACCCCUCCGACUACCUAUACCUAUUGAUAAUUACGGCAGUGCUCGCCAAUCUCGGUGGCAUGGUAUUCAAUGUAUACUUUCUGAUGGACAUGCUGGUCGUUGCAAUCACCUAUAUAUGGUGCCAAUUGAACAAGGAGGUCAUUGUUAGCUUUUGGUUCGGCAGUCGCUUCAAGGCCAUGUACCUGCCCUGGGUGCUGGCAGGCAUUGAGCUUAUUUUCCAUGGCUCCUUGGCCUCACUGGUGGGAAUAUUCAAUGGACACGUUUAUUACUUCCUCAAAUUCCAAUACCCACAGGAGCUGGGCGGCAAUGCAUUUCUCGAAACACCCGAAUUUUUAAAACGCAUUGCUCCGGACGUAUCAGGCGGCAUAAGUGGCUUUGGUGUUCCGCCGGAGAGCAGAGCUCCACCUCCACGCCAGUCGGCCAACUCGGCCUGGGGUCAAGGCACGCCGUUGGGACGCAAUUGAAACAGUUAUGCUUAAGUUUAGUUAACGUACUAUCUUUCUAUCUAUACAAAUGGUUACAUUGAAAAAACGAAACAAACAAAAAAUUAACAAUCAGAUCGAUCAACGUGCUGGAAACUCAUCCUGUACUUUGCCUUGAGUUUACCAUCUUUUAAUUGAUUGUACAGCAUCAUGUUAAGCGGCGGUAUGGUAUACAAAUAUACACAAAAGAUAACAAAAUUCUGAACACAUUUGAAUUAUCUUUUUUUCCUAGUUAAGAUAACUGAAUUUUUGUGUUAUCUGUUAACUACAGGGUACAAAUUUUUUUUGUAACACCUCAAACUUUUAAUCGUUUAUACAAAAAACGUUUUCUUGAUCAGAAAAAUACACU